AAACAAAGCAGUAGAAAGCAAGACUUCUUGUCGAGGAAAGGAGGAAGGAAGAAGGAAGGAGGAGGCACCACAAUCGCCGCGUCGCCGUCGUCGCCGCCCCCAAUCGCCGCCGCCGCCCUGCCAUGGCGCACGCGGAGAGCGGCCGUGGCCACCCGGCGUCGUCGGAGAUGUACGUGCCGCGGUCGAUGCAGGUGUGGCGGGGCCUCAUGAACUGGCUCGCCUUCUUCCUCCAGGUCUUCCUCCAGAUCCUGCGCGGCACCCCGUCCCUCGCCCAGUUCCUCUCCUACAUCGGCCUCCGCCAAUCCUUCCUCUCCUCCUCCUCCGCCGCCGCCGCCGUCGCGGCGCCGUCUCCGGCGGCGGUGGCGGCGUUCAAGCCCUUGCCGGUCGUCGAGAUCCCCCUCCAGGACUCCUGCCCCACCGUGCACGCCGGCUCCGACAGCGACGUCAGCAUCACCGCUGCCGACGACGACGACGACGAUCUCCUCGCCGUCGAGAAGCUCACGAUUGUUCUCGACUUAGAUGAGACUCUAGUGUGUGCAUAUGAAACGUCUAGCUUGCCGGAGGUUAUCCGUUCCCAAGCAAUAGAAGCUGGAUUGAAGUGGUUUGAGUUGGAAUGUGUUUCUUCGGAUAAGGAAUGUGAUGGGAAACCAAAAGUGAACUACGUAACGGUGUUUGAACGCCCUGGUUUGCAUGAGUUCUUGAAAAGGGUUGGUGAAUUUGCGAACCUUAUUUUAUUUACCGCGGGUCUUGAAGAUUAUGCAAGACCGCUUGUGGACAGAAUAGAUAAAGACAACCUGAUUGGAGAACGUCUUUAUCGCCCUUCGACCGUCAGCACGGAAUAUAGGGAACAUGUGAAGGAUCUAUCUUCUUUAUCAAAAGAUUUGUGUCGGAUAGUUAUUGUGGACAACAACCCUUUUAGCUUUCUGCUGCAACCAUUGAAUGGGAUACCAUGUGUCCCGUUCUCAGCCGGACAGCCAUAUGAUGAUCAGCUUUUGGAGGUUCUCCUUCCUCUACUCAAGCACCUUUCUCUGCAAAGAGAUGUACGGCCAGUCUUGUAUGAGAGAUUCCACAUGCCCGAAUGGUUUCAAAUGCACGGUAUUCCUGCCAGUGGUAAUGGCUUUUGAUUCAGACUACAAGAAAUUAUCUUAGGAGUGGAGACUCUGAUUCAUCUUUGUGCUACACGAGCUGGUGAUUGUAGUGCCCUCAUCAUCCGUCUUGUACAUUAAUAAUAGUGUGAAAGGGGUCACUGCAAUGUCAAGAUUAUUAGGAGUUGUGAAGGCAAUUGAUGCAUCAGCAGAGGACUCAAGGGAGCAGGAGUUGAUGGACUGAUGGAGGGCGGCAUUCGUUUCUGUGUAAUUAAUCAGAAGUGUAGUUUCCAAUCUGACCAUCAUUGAAAGAGGUGGUCUUAAGAAUGGCCUUUGGUUCAGAAGUAAUUAGUUUGGUCAGUCUUGAGCAAUCAGAAUGCUGGAAUUAUAGAAACUGUGCAGUUGAGAUUAGACCAGUCUGUUGAAGUUAUGGAGUUUUUUUCGCUGUGUUCUUGUCGCAUGAUGUCCAGUUGUUCAGAUCCCCUUAUGAACAAUCUUUAAACUUUGGGGUUUCCUUAGCUGACAACGCAAAA